AUGAGUGUUGUUGAGCUUCGUAAAACCAAGCAACACAUUCCCAGGUUCCCACUGCAUUGGAAUCUUUUCUUCAAUCCAGUGGCCAGUGACCACAAAAUAGCCGUCUGUGUUGUCAGCCUGCCAUGCAUCGCAUGUGUUAAGAACGUGCUCAAGGGUCAAAUCCGAAGGGCUUGGCUUCAGCUCGUUACCGGACGAUGUCCGGAGGGUGUCGGACGAUGUCCGGAGGGUGUCGGGCGAUGUCCGGAGGGUGUCGGGCGAUGUCCGGAGUCCGAUGUCCGAUGUGCGGGAAUUCCGGCGGACGUUCGGGAACAAGAGAUAAGACUAAUCCGGACAAAGUCCGAACUAGAAAGGAAACAGCGGAGGACUACCAAAGGUAGAGGCGGAGGUGAUAAGUCAAUAGGAAUCAAUCCUAAGACGAGCGGAGGUCGACGAGAGGAUAACUCAAGUCGGACGGAGGAAGGAAUGAGCAGAGUCUAA